CAUAUGACAAGGUGUCUAUUGGUAUUUAGUACAGGAUUUAUUUGUCACCGAAUAAUUUAACUAUUGUGUAUAUUAAGAAUUUAUACCCAUACUUAUUCAAACUUUAUUUAGUUUUGUUCCAAUCUUUUGAUUAAUAAAAAAAAAGCUACAACUAUUUGCGGGCCAUCAAUUAAUUCCACCAAGAUGCAAUUAACAGUUGACCCAAGACGUGCAGAUCGUGAGCGGCGCUACAAACCGCCUCCACCAAAUUCAGCACCUGCUGAAGAUCUAACAACUGAUUAUAUGAACAUACUUGGAAUGGUAUUUUCCAUGUGUGGUCUCAUGAUGCGAUUGAAGUGGUGUGCUUGGACAGCCGUUUUCUGUUCCAGUAUUAGUUUUGCAAAUUCCAGAGUAUCAGAUGAUACAAAACAGAUUAUCAGUUCCUUCAUGUUAUCUAUAUCUGCUGUUGUUAUGUCUUAUCUUCAAAAUCCAGCACCAAUGUCUCCACCAUGGGCUACACUUACAACAUAAGAGAAUAAAUCAUAACAUUUCUUUGUGUGUUAAUAAAGAAUAUUUCAAUGUAUAUCUAAAUAUAUUUAUAUCUGUAUUGCAGUA